AUGUUCGCCGUACCAGGAUGGUCCGUUGCCUCGACAGCUCUCAAGAGACAGACCGUCGAACCAAAACCUGCAAAGGAAAAUAAGAAAUCCGAGGAUGCGAUUGAAGAUGUUUCGAAAUCAAGCAAGAAAUCCGAAGGAACUGCGGAGGAUGCUACAAAGUCAAGCAAGAAGCGCAAACGCGGUGAUAAGGGGAAGGGUUCAGAGGUCAAUUCUACAAACGUAGCGGAGCUGUAUGAGAGCAUUAUUGAAGGAAAGACCAAGGAUAAGAGCAAGGAAGCUGGGGAGAAGAGGCAGAAAGUGUCUACAGAGGGAGGGGAAGAUGGAGAAGAUGUACCAGUGAAGGUCAAGGGAGAGAAGAAGGAGAAGGUUAAGAAGGAAAAGGGAAAUACGAUGAAGGACAAAAAGCGGGAAAAGAAGGCACGGAAAGCAGCAGAAGAGGCCUCAACAGACGACACACCAUCGUCAACCAAGGAGAAAUCAAAAACCAAAGAUACCCCCAAACCAACCCAAACCAAAACCCCAAUACCAGCACCAAAACUCACCCCCCUCCAAGCAUCCAUGCGCCAAAAGCUCAUCUCAGCCCGCUUCCGCCAUCUAAACCAAACCCUCUACACAACCCCCUCCUCCAACUCCCUUGACCUCUUCUCCACCAACCCCGAAAUGUUCACCGAAUACCACGAAGGAUUCCGACGACAAGUCGAAGUCUGGCCCGAAAACCCCGUCGACAUCUACAUCCGCUCCAUCCUCGCACGAGGGGCCCUCAAGAAACCCUCAGAAGGAGGGGCUAUCAUGCCCUUACCACGCACAUCCGGGACCUGCACCAUCGCCGACUUAGGCUGCGGCGACGCGGCCCUGGCCAGCACAUUACAGAAAGACAGCAAGAAAUUACAUCUCAAAAUCCACUCCUUCGACCUCUACUCUCCACACCCGCUCGUCACGCGCGCAGAUAUAGCAGACGUCCCUCUCCCCGACUCCUCCGUCGACAUCGCCAUCUUCUGCCUCGCGCUCAUGGGCACGAACUGGAUCGACUUCAUCGAAGAAGCCUUCCGGAUCCUCCGCUGGAAAGGCGAGCUCUGGAUCGCAGAGAUAAAAUCACGUUUCUCGCGCUCCAAUUCAAAAGGAGGCGUGGUAUCCCACUCCGUAGGGCACCGCCAAAAAGCCCCCUCCUCUUCGAUCUCCAAGAAAGAAAAAUCAGCCCUCUCCCUCCAAACCGAGAAAAACAACGACCUCGCCCUCGCCGUAGAAGUCGACGACAACCCCGACGCCGUGCGCUCCGAGACCGAUCUGCACGCCUUCAUCGAGGUCCUCCGCAAACGCGGUUUCAACCUCAAAGGGCCCGAGACAGGCGAGAAACCCGUUGAUAUGGGCAAUAAGAUGUUUGUGCGGAUGCAUUUUCAGAAGAGCAGUUCGCCGGUGAAAGGACGGAAUGUGCCGGUGCCGAAGGGGAUGGAGGAGUUUGGCGGGGAGAAGCUGGGGAGGAGGGGGAAGCGGUUUAUUGAUGUGGAGAAUAUGGGGGAGGUGGAGGGGGAGGAGGGGGUGUUGAAGCCUUGUGUUUAUAAGUUGCGGUAG